AUGUUGUCUAUUCGCCCUCAAGAGAUCCAGCACCACCACCAUAACACACCCACGCACACGAUGCCUCACCGGGUGUCCGUCUCUCCCGUCCUCAGCCGCCCCGUGCUGGGCAGCUCGAGUCCGCGGCCAUCCAAGAGCCCCCAGGAUGCGGCAGUCGCGCAGGCUCUCGAGAUUGCACGGGAGGGCCCCGACGGCGCCUCGGACCGGACGGUUAGCAAGAUCCUCGAGCGUGCGCUCGCCCACGCGUGGGGCAAGGUCCAGGCUCAGCCUGAGUCGUACGUCAUGACGAGGGAUGAGUUUGCCGUCUUCAACUUCUUCCAGCACCGGUUCACGGGGGACAGGGUGGCCGUUACCGCGCGGAAGCGAUACUGGGAUAACGCUCAUGCGUACCAUACCCCACCCCCCUUUCGGUAA